AGAUUUCCCUUUCACGAUCGCGAACCGUCGUCGUCGUCAGAACUCGCGAAAGUGUGUGCCGUGUAGAAGACAGAAAAUUUUUGCCUUGAUGGGAUAAAUUCAGUCGUGAAAAGUUGAUGUUUUCAUCGAAAAAAGUGACCAAAAGACAGCCGCUGACAUCAUCCGUCAUAGAAGCAAAUUUUGGGACGCUAGUUCGGGUUUGAAAAUCGGUUACAUAACGGCGGAUUCCAAAUGGGUAGCGGCAAAUCGAAGGAACCUACUGCUGGUGGUGGUCGGAGAGGUGAGGUCGAUUUCACCCGGUUUAAAGCCCGUGUCGACCGGGUGAACAUCAGUGGUCUCAGUAGAACCCACGAUGACUACAUUCAGCGAGCGAUUAAGAGCCUGUUUACGGCGGCCAAUUUCCAGGACGUUAUCGUCGAAACGACUAACGUCAAAGAUAAUCUUAUGCAGUUAGGCAUUUUUAAAAAUUUAAAGAUUCAUAUCGACACUAGCAAGGGGGAAGGUGCGACAAAGAAUGGCUACGAGGUGACUUUCCAGGGAGAUGAACUUUCCCGUAUUACGGGAAGUAUCGGUACCGAGCUGGGUCAGAACGAUGGAGCUGCAACUGCAGAAUUAACAUCACCCAACAUCUUUGGACGAGGAGAAAGGCUUAGUUUGAACUAUAGCUAUAGUUACGUUCGAAGUAGUGUACUUAAUUUGAGGUUUACUAAGCCUUACUAUCACACAGCGGUUGGAGAUUAUAAUCCAGAGACUUCUAUAGGGAUAUUCAAACACUCUUCGCCUGCACCAUGGUCCAAGUUUCGCACUGACGAAACCGGAGUGCUGUUAGAUUUCUCCUUUACACUACCAUUCGGCUUGAGCAACAGUCUACAGUAUGAAGUAGGUAUGAAGGAGAUCUUCGCCCUGGACAAGCAGACACCGUUCUUCGUACGGGAAAACUGCGGUCCCAAGCUGGCAUCCAUCAUACGAUACAUUGGCGUGUACGAAGGUCGUGACAGCAAUGUAUUUCCCACGAAUGGAAUAUUUGUAAAAACUACCAACGAACUGAUGGGCAGCACACUAAAACAAUUCGGGAUGGUAAAAAGCGACGUGCACUGUGAGAUUAACAUGCCAUUGUUCGCUGGAAUUUCGUUACAACUGUGUGGCCGAUUUGGGAUGCUGCUAAAUGACAAAAGGAAGGAAACCAUCCCCAUCAAUCAGCUGUUUUUCCCCGGGGGUCCGCAGUCGUUGAGAGGGUUCGAGAUUGCCGGUGCCUGUCCCUACCGGGACGGUGUCGCUGCUGGUUGUCAGUCUUACUGGGCGUCGGGAAUCCAUGUGUGGAGCCCAUUGCCAUUUAGUCGGUAUUUCGGUGGUUUUGGGGACCUCUUUAGGACGCAUUUAUUCUACAAUUUCGGAACAUGCAAUACAUUUACGACAGAUAAGCUUCGUAGCACAGCGGGCGCGGGUCUGGCGAUUAGGAUAGGCCAAAAGGCUCGUAUCGAGUUCAACUACUGCCAACCACUGUCCUUCGAAGCCGGAGAUCGCAUCAAAAAGGGAUUCCAGUUUGGAAUAGGGUACGAAUUCAUCUAAAAUGUGGAUAAUCGCACGAGUUUCGAUAGAUUAUGUGUACCAACCUACUACCUACUCGAAGAGCCUUGCUACGGAUACCUCCUCCCGAACUUCGGAACAACGUCGGCUUAGUCAACGCACCUGUGAAACUAUCGCAUCAGAAGUCAGAAGGAUGGUUCGUAUGUCGUAUUACCAAUAAUCUGUUACAACGCUAUUUUAUGCAAAAUCGGACAGAAUCAGUCAUUUGUUACGAAAAAAAAUCGACUACUGUUAAGUUCAAUAAACCAAAUCGGUAGUUCCAGCCUGGUUUAGAAAAAACAAUAAACUGCGGCUUAGUAAA